CCACUCCGCGGCGCGCCGCGCACGUCACUCGCCGCGCGCCAAUCGCCGCCUGGCGGUCCACCUCCCGGCCGAGCCCGCGAGCCCGCCGGCCGCUUCCGCCCUCACGCAGGCGCAGCAGCCGGGCAGCGGACGCCGCCGGCACGAUGGUCCUGGACAGCGUGGCUCGCAUCGUGAAGGUGCAGCUGCCCGCCUACCUCAAGCAGCUCCCGGUCCCCGACAGCAUUACCGGGUUCGCCCGCCUCACAGUUUCAGAAUGGCUCCGCCUACUGCCCUUCCUUGGAGUGCUUGCCCUUCUGGGCUACCUUGCAGUUCGUCCGUUCUUCCCGAAGAAGAAACAACAGAAAGAUAGCCUGAUUAAUCUUAAAAUACAAAAAGAAAAUCCCAAGGUGGUGAACGAGAUAAACAUUGAAGAUCUGUGUCUUACAAAAGCGGCUUAUUGUAGGUGUUGGCGGUCCAAGACGUUUCCGGCCUGUGAUGGAUCCCAUAAUAAGCAUAAUGAAUUGACAGGCGAUAACGUGGGUCCUCUCAUCCUGAAGAAGAAAGAAGUAUAACAGUAGACUUUUAAGAUGAAACUCUGACAGCAUCUUUCCACAUUUGUUGUGCAUAGAAAACUCUUUGGAAGUUUUAGCUAUCAGUACUGGUUGAAUAAUUAUUUCUGCCAAUUAUUUUCUUGCUACACUACUGCUUAUAUUUGGUACUUUAUAUAUUCAGUCAUUUGUAUAGAAAUCAAAUGGUCAAGUCUCACUCUGAAAUCAAGUUUAAUGUGUCUUUCAACAAUAAAGUCAGCACUUCAGAUUUUAAUUAAUUAGGAAUUUAAAGUUUGACUGUGGGCCAAAAGUUAUUUCUUUGUAUUUCAACAGAAUGUAUAGUUUUAAAAAAUUCUCCCUUUUUCUGUUAAAUGUAUCUUUAUAUUGUCUUGUUUUGCUCAUUUGAAGUCAUUUGCCAUUUUUUGGCCUUUUGUGGAACUCUGCUGCUUUUAGAAGAAUAAUGAAAAAUAUCGUCAUCAAGAAUAUUUUAGCCGGGCGUUGGUGGUGCACGCCUUUUAAUCCCAACACUUGGGAGUCAGAGGCAGGCGGAUUUCUCAGUUCAAGGCCAGCUUGGUUUAUAGAGUGAGUUCCAGGACAGCCAGGGCUGUACAGAGAAACCCUGUCUCAAAAAAAACAAAACAAAACCAAAAAAAAAAAAAAAAUUUGAGACAAUAAAAUCCCUUGUCUUAUAGAGAUUUUAUCUUAUUAUAAUGAUUAUCCCAAUUUCUAAAAAGUAAAUCAGAUAUAAAACUUUCCAAUGAGAAACAAUUAUUUUCAUCAUAAAAAUGGUUCACCUUACAAAAGCCUUGUUCUGUGUGCACUUGUGUCUAUGUGUGUGUGUGUGUGUAAAAGAGAGAGAAAGAGAGAGAGAGAGAGAGAGAGAGAGAGAGAGAGAGAGAGGUGGUUAACUUGGUGACUGUUGAGUGGCAAGGACACUCAUGAGCUACAGUUUGAAGGUCAAUUAAUAAAGUAUAUCUGAAUUUGCGUUAAAAUGAUGCCUAGCUCAUUGCUCAAAGUGAUGUUUUAUCUUUUGUGUAGUUAAUUAUAGGAAAAUGGCGUCAGGAUAUGAAGUUACUUGUACUCUAGGGGAUUGGAUUUGUACAUACUGAGAGAAAAUAUUUUGAUCUUUUUUAAAAGAGAUAACUGUUGUAUUUUUUUUAACUUCACAAAAUAUAGACAAAACACUUUUGUGUGCAUAAUGACAGAAAAAAAGUCUGGAAGGACCUAUGACACAGCAUAGUCUGCUCGCACUGAUAAGGACAAGGACAUAGCGAGGGUCAUUGCUUUUACUUUCCAUUUCUCUCCUUGUUUCUCCCCAACAAAUAUUUAUAUGCUUUUAAUUGAUAUUUUUAAAUUGAGGCUUUGAUUAAAAUUGUCAUAGUACAGUUAAGCUCUCUAGGCCCGUAUGAUAAGACCUUUGAUUGAUUGUCUGAAGAUAGGCUGGAGUCAGCAUUUCAAGAAGCACAGUCACAAACGGAUUAGACAGAGGAAAGAAACAAGGAUUGUACAAGGAAAGAAAGCCACACCCGUGCUACGGCAAAUGCUGAAAAAAACAAAAGCCAAAUACUCAUUUCACUUUCCAGCUUCUAUGUGAAAUGAUACGUCAAGGGCAAAAUAGGAUAUAUAAAGAAGGUGAGACUUAAGUGAGUACUUGAGCUCUGCCAAAGAACCGUGUUACCCCCAGAAUCCUGGUAAAAGAAAGACAGAUAAAUUUGGGGCCACUCAUUUGUCAAGUCUGCUGGAUCAGAUGGACCAUCUCUAGGGAUUUCUUAUUAAAUGAGCACAUAGUAAGCCUGGUGCCACAUGUAUCCUGUUUGUUCUCUUUCUUUAGCUAUCAUAUCCGGCCAUUUAAGCAAGACUAAUGAUGACAAGCUAAAAAGGAAAAUGAUUAUGAGUCAACUUGUCACAUAAUUAAGUUAUACUGACACAUUUUAUAGUCUUAGUUUGUGUAUUGUGAAGUGUAAAUAAUGUUAAAGCAAACACAUAUUUUAGAAAGACUUAUUUCAUGUGUAUGAGUGCUUGUCUGUCUGUCUGUCUGUAUAUAUAUAUGUGUGUGUGUGUGUGUGUACCAUGCACAUGCCUAGUGCCCAAUGAAGCCAGAGAGAAUGUUAGACCCCCUGGAACUGGAAUUAGCAGAUGGUUGUGAGCUACCAUGUGGGUGCUGGGAACUGAACCCUGGUCUUCUACAAGAACAUCCAGUACUAUUAACAACUGAGCCAUCUCUCUAACACUAUAAAACUUUUAAUAAAAGGUUAUGAAGUAGCAACUGAAAUGUGGAAGGAAAUAUUACGAAAGGCAAAAGUGGUACAAAGUGUGUCUACUCACUCACUCUCAUGGUACUAAGGAUGGAACCCAGGGCCUUCCACAUUCUCCCACAUACUAAGCUCCACCUUGAGUUGUAUCUUUUUAAUAGCACAAACCAUUGAAACAAAAUACAAGAAAGUUUUCCAUAUAGAUUUACUGGAGUUUUUGAAUUAUUUGUAAUUUUAGCCUACUAUCAGAAGUCUCUUUAGUUUUAUUUUACAAGUCUCAUAUAAAAGCUAUCCUUAAACUAUUAAAGAUACAACC